AUGCCGCCGCCGGUUAGCGCGCUGGCCUUGGCCCUGAGCGAGCCGGCGGGCGGCGCUUACGGGGCGGGCGAGACGGUCUCCGGGCAGGUGGCGCUCGAGCUGGCCGCCCCGCUGGCCGCCCGAGCCCUCCGCCUCGAAGCCGCCGGCCGCGCCAGGACCGCUUGGAGCGAAGGCGCCGCCGUUGCCGCUCCCUCCUCAGUCGACGCCGCCGGCCUGGAGGCCCAAGUGCCCUACCUCGACGUCCGCCAGGAGCUGCUGAGGCGAGACGGUGAGGAGGACUUAAUCCUAUUAGAAGCUGGAAAACAUGAAUUCCCUUUCAGCUUUCAGCUCCCCCAGCAACCCCUGGCAACCUCUUUCGCCGGAAAGUACGGCAGCAUUCAGUACUGCGUGAGAGCGACCCUGGAAAGGCCAGCGGCCCCCAGUCAGACUGUCAAGAGGGAGUUCCAGGUUAUCAACCACAUCGAUGUCAAUUCACCAGCUUUACUGACUCCUGUAAUACGAAGUCAGGAGAAGAUGGUCGGCUGCUGGUUUUUCACUUCUGGCCCAGUCUCUCUGAGUGCCAAAAUCGAGAGGAAGGGAUAUUGCAACGGUGAAGCAAUACCAAUUUAUGCUGAAAUUGAGAACUGUUCCUCCCGUUUAAUCGUUCCAAAAGCUGCCAUUUUCCAAACACAGACUUACCUGGCGAGCGGCAAAACAAAGACUGUCCGCCAGAUGGUUGCCAACGUGCGGGGGAAUCAUGUUGCCUCCGGGAGCACAGAUACCUGGAAUGGGAAAACACUGAAGAUUCCACCUGUCACCCCUUCGAUCCUCGACUGCUGCAUUAUCAGAGUUGAAUAUUCCUUAGCCGUGUACAUUCAUAUUCCUGGUGCUAAGAAGCUGAUGCUCGAGCUGCCGCUGGUGAUCGGCACAAUUCCAUGCACAACCUUUUCCAGCCGGAACUCCAGCCUCGCCAGCCAGUUUGGGAUGGACAUGAGCUGGCUGGCGUUGACGAUGCCCGAACAUCCAGAAGCACCACCCAAUUAUGCCGAUGUUGUAUCGGAGGAAGAGUUCUCAAGGCACGUCCCUGCUUACCCACAGAGAAUCGACUGUGAAGAACAGCUGUGUUGCCCUGUGUUUGCCUACAUACAGGAGUUUCGGUUUCAGCCCCCUCCUCUAUAUUCUGAGGUGGACCCGCAUCCCGUAGAAGUAGAAGACAGGCAGCCGGUUUCGUUCCUGAUUUAAUGAGAAUUUGAGGAGAGUGGCAUCUUAAUUCAGGGGAAUGUCUUAAUUUUUUUUUCCCCUCCUGCCUCUGCUUGUAACAGCUUUUUAAUUUUUAAAAAAAUCAUUCUUAGAAACGGGCAGGUAUCAAGGACACCGGACUCUGAAGUCAGAAUACGUCGUGCCUCUUUUCCAGGAGAAAAGAAAUGAAGGAGAGACCUUGUGGACUAGCUGGUAGGAGAAGCAACUGUGGUCAGAUUGCUAGAUAAAGUGGACUCUUAUCACUUCCUGUGGCAAAUCGGACAGGUCUGAGAAGAAAGAAGGCCUAUACAUCUGUGCAGACAAUACACCAAAGAAGCAAAGGAGUGUCCUCUGAAUUUCUGACUUAAUUCAGCAUCCAAGAUAAGCUUUUGAUUUGGUUUUGUUUUUCAAAAAAACCACACACACAAACUUUAACCAUCUAGCACCCAUCAAGUGGUACUACUUAAACUCACUCUGAUUUUGAGGGGUGGUAGAUAUUCCAUGUAACAUUAUGAAGGCACACGCUUUUUGUGUACAAAUGGGAUACACUUUUUGUACACUUCUGGGAUAAAGCUGGAUUUUUGUAGAUGCUGAGCACUUCCCCCCCCCCCCCAAAAAAAGGGAAUUAGAAUAGCUUUUCUACUGUUCUGUGUUUUCCCUCCACACGCACACAUCUUCAGCGAGGGGGCUUGAUUCAUCAGAGCAGCCAAAAGUUCUGUCUUGCACUUGACACAGUUUUGAUCCACUGCCACUAAAGCGCUCAGUCCAGUAUUUGCUUGGUUGAACUUGGCCGGAACACUUUGCGUUUGGGAAGAGUAUGUAUAUUGACCCUUUGUUGGCAGCAAGGGAUCUGUCUCUAAAAGCCUUUUUAAAAGCCUACUUUUCUUUAGAAAAUGGAAUUGGGAACCAAGUAGGAUAGUUCUCCGGGCUUGGAUUUGCCCCCAUUUGGUUCCUCAGAUUAAUCAAUGAGAAGGGAAAGGGAAAGACUGUAAAUAUACCCAACUUGGCUGAAGGUUUGCGUGUGAAGAUCUAGGGCUUGAGUGGAGAGGACAAACUUUGAUGAAUCAUAAUUUGUCAGGCAAAGUUCUCUGUAAAGGCAAAAGUCUCUUGUGUUCCCUGGAGCGGUCUGAUUUAUCAGGGCAUUUUCCGUCUCUUCUUUUGUUUUGAGCAAAGUCUUAUUUUGGU